CGCCACUUCGUCCUCGCAAUAUACCGGCGCCUACCCCUGGUAUGCCUCCAACUGAACGACCGAAGAAGAAAAGUCUUCGAGCAUGUGAACGUUGUCGGUCGAUGAAGGUGAAGUGUUCAGGAUCGCAUCCCUGUUCACGAUGUACUCGCAGCAAUCGAUCCUGUCACUUUCCAGUGGAGGAGGUUAGGGUCUCUGUUAGUGAACGCUACCUGAGGGAGUUGGAAGAACAAAUUACUAGGAGUGCAACUUCCGGGCGGUAUACGACUUCUGUCGGGCAAGAGCAUCAGGCCCUACCUCCCUUGACGAGAAAUGAAGCUGUAGACUUUUCCCCGACUCCCAAUGCAACGACAUACCUGCCACCAGAUGACCAACAAACGGCUGGAUGGCAGAUAGCGUCUGACGACUCUCCAACACGUAAUCCUGGAGGAAGGGUUGGCACCAGGGAGAGGCAAGAAUGCCACGACUCAGAAUUUUCGAAGAAUCCACUUGUAGACAAAAAGGAAUGGGCUUUUGCUGCAACCCCAGACGGCAGAUAUUGGUAUAUGGGCCCGUCAUCCUCAUGGUCUUUUUGUCGUCGCGUCCUGGCCCUCUUAGGAAAACGAGUUCCUGAAUCGAACUCUCCACCAGACCCAUGGCAUCUGGAUGGUAUGGCAUUCAAGCUGCAAUGGAAGCAAGUGCCCCCCGAGGAAUCGCCUGAUGUCACCAAUAUACCGCCUUUGGACUAUGCCCUUUUUCUUUACAAUACUGCGAAGUACUAUCUUGCUUCUUUAUCCUUCCUGAUUGAUGAGACAUUAUACCUUCAAGAGUUACACGAAUUUUAUCUGGAUCCAGCAGCGAAGGCUGCCUCACGUAGGUCUUGGUUCGCCCAGUAUCUACUUGUGCUUGCCUUUGGAAAAGCCUUCAUAACUCAAAGGAAUCCAUCUGGGUCUCCACCUGGGCACCAGUAUGCAUCACGGGCGAUGGCUUUAUUGCCAGAUCUAUCCGGCAUACACGAGGACCCCUUGAGCUCGAUUCAAGCUUUGAGCCUAGCAGCACUGUACUUUCAGUCAAUUGACAUGAGAAAAGCAGCUUUUCAUCACAUUGGACAGGCUCUACGUUGUUGUAUUACCGAAGGCAUACACAGGCAUGUACCGGAAGAGCUAGGCGGGCCAGAAUUUUCUCAGCGCUGUCGAGCUGUCUUUUGGGUAGUGUACAUGCUGGAUAGAGAGUUCUCCGCAUUGAUGGGAGGACCAAACUCAAUCCGUGAUGAGGACAUCACAGUCAGGUUACCUGCAGAGGUGGCGUCUUCCGUAGAAAAUACCAAUCUGACAUUGCAUGUUCGGCUCGCGCGCCUCAUGGCGCAAAUCUUGACAACGGUAUAUGGAGUGGAUAAUGCAUCUAAUGGAGCGUUGAUCAGAGAUAUUCAGUCUAUUCUUCACGCACUAGCGGACCUCUCUCAAGAUAUCACGGAGUUUCUGGAUAGCAGUUUUCAUGGAACGGUUGGCCGAGGCUCAAAGAUGGCAGUUAGACUGAUGCUAGCCCAACAUCAUUGUGUGGUUCUGACAACACGGCCUUUGGUGAUGUGUGCUCUCAAUAUGCACAUAGACAGUGCAGAGAGACAGUCGUCGCGAAGCAUUUGUCUGUCGCCACCUGUGGCAUCCCUCUUGCAAUGCUGCGCCGAUUCUGCCCAGACCAUUCUUCAAACUCUUCGGUCGUUGGCCGAUGAUGACUUGAUGGAUGCAUUUUUACCGUUCCAAGUCGAGCAUGCUUCUUCAUCUGCUUUUGUUCUAUACUUGAUUCGCUCAAUCGCCCCCUCGCUUAUUGCGAAUGAAUCCUGGUGUGAUAACCUUGACUGUGUUAUCGAAAAGCUCAUCUCAAAGGGCAACCCAGCGGCACCACUCCGGAAACUGGAACUGAAGCAUCUGGACCUUAUGCUGACACCCUUAACACCGAGAUCUGCGACCCAUGCAAUGCUUCCAAUGACUUCCGACGAGAUCCAAGAUAAUAAUGAUGAUACAUACGCGCUGGAUCAAGUGGACAUAGGAGACGAAGUUGAAUGGGAUCUGUUGGCGCUCAGCCAUUCUGUGAGCCUUCCACCAAGAGAGCUGCUCGACUUAGCAGACCAACUGGACGUGGAUAGUAUCAUACAAUCUAUGGACGCUUGAGCAAGAUUAUUUACGGCCCAAAUAAACAAUAUAUUGCCAUAAAUUCAUAUUGAAAUCCGAAAUGAAUGAAAAUUCCUUUCAUAAAUUCCUCCAACUUAUGGCUUACAAUUCGAGAGGGAGCGUAUUAUAUAGCAGCAACGGUCAGCCCAGCGUGGAAAAAAAGGUAAAAACUCUCGACAAGUAGGGAUUCACACAACAGCAAUGAAAUCCACCUGAAUAUUUACUCCAGCAGGCAAUUUGGAUGCUUCCACCAUAGACCGUGCCGGACAAUGCGGAAACGCGGGAUCAUACACAGAAGCAAAGUCAGGCAUUAUACUGGCGUCUCUAACAUAGGCCUAUGGUAUCUCAAGAGGUUAACAGGAUAACAGUGAAGAUGACACAAGAUUAUCCAAGCUUUUGCGCAUUCGAAGGGUACUUACAACCACUUUGACA